ACUUCCUGUUUCCAAGCAGAGCCCGGGGCUGAGGGUACCGAAACCGGCCCCGCCAGCGGCCGGGCAGCGCUGCGUUCUCCCCCUCGGGGCGGCGGGAGCUGGGUGGCCCGGGCGCCGCGGGGAGGAUGAACUGGCUGUUCCCCCUGUCCAAGGGCGGCGGCUCCUCCUCGUCCCCCGCGGCCCCGCUCCCCGCCCUCACCAGCCUCCAGCAGCAGAAGCAGCGGCAGAUUGAGUCCCUGCGCAGCGCCCAUUCCGCCAUUGCCGAAAUACAGAAAGAUGUGGAAUAUAGGUUGCCAUUCACCGUAAACAACCUGACAAUUAAUAUUAACGUCUUGCUUCCUCCUCAGUUUCCUCAAGAAAAACCGGUGAUCAGUGUUUUCCCGCCAAUAAGACAUCACUUAAUGGACAAACAAGGAGUGUAUGUGGCAUGUCCAUUAAUAAGCAAUUUCACAAUGCACUCUGACCUUGGAAAAAUUAUUCAGAGCUUACUGGAUGAGUUUUGGAAGAAUCCUCCAGUUUUGGCUCCUAGCUCAACAUCAUUUCCAUAUCUUUACAGUAAACCAGCUGGAAUGCCUCCUUAUACUCCUCAGGGUUUUCCGUUUCUUCCUCCAUACCCCCCACAAGAAACAAAUAGAUCUAUAGCUUCUGUGCCAGUUGCUGACUCAGGUUACACUACAGACAAACCCGCUGCUCCAUCCUAUGGCUUGAUCACAGACCUACCAUUACCUGUUCCAACAACAGAAGCACUAUUACAGGUGGGCCAGAAUGGCUUCACUUACAAGAUGCCUGAUGUUCCUGAUGCAUUUCCAGAGCUCUCAGAAUUAAGUAUACCACAGCUGACAGAUAUGAACGAGCAGGAGGAUAUUUUGCUGGAACAGUUUGUGAAUCUGCCCCAGCUGAAGCAAAUCAUAAUGGAUAAAGAUGACUUAGUGAAAAGCAUUGAAGAGUUAGCAAAAAAAAAUUUACUGUUGGAACCCAGUCUAGAGGCGAAAAGGCAAACAGUGCUGGAUAAAUAUGAACAGCUUACUCAGAUGAAAGCCACCUUUGAGAAGAAGAUGCAAAGGCAGCAUGAGCUUAGUGAGAGUUGCAGUUCCAGUGCUUUGCAGGCCAGACUGAAAGUAGCUGCUCAUGAAGCCGAAGAGGAGUCUGACACUAUUGCAGAAGAUUUCUUGGAAGGAAAAAUGGAAAUAGAUGACUUUCUUAGUAGCUUCAUGGAAAAGAGAACUAUUUGCCACUGUAGACGAGCCAAAGAGGAGAAACUUCAACAGGCAAUAACAAUGCACAGCCAAUUUCAUGCUCCACUAUAGACUUUCCUGCAAACUAGACCUGCCAAGAGAAGAGUGAACAAACCCAACAAAGCACAUUUUCUAACACCUAUUUGCAAAUAAGCAUUUCAUCAUAAAUGGUUGUAUUUAUAGAACAGAUUGUAUACAGUGCUGGGACUGUUUUGUACAAAUUAGAAUGACUCUUUAUAUUCUCAUUUUAUUCAAGAAAUCCUUCUAUUGCAAUCUUUGCACUAAUAUUUCUUGUAUUUAUUGUUGAUAGUCCUUACCAUAUUUAAGUUCCUGCUGCUAUCCUGCCAUUCUUUAGAGAUUAAAUAUCUAAACAUGUAACUUUGGCUAGCUUUGUACAUUUUAUAAAACAUAAUUCAUACCUUUUGUAUUUUGAAUUUGAAACAUUUGCUUGGGUUACUUUAUGAAGACUCUUGAGGAUGAUGAACUUUGUGGGGAGGAGAUUGGUAACGCUUUUUAUAAUUGUCAGUGAAAUAUCAGACUUCCCUUCCUUGAUGCCAAAAAUCAACACCAGUUUAUUUUUAUUUCAAAUAAUAUCAAAUUAAACGUUGCCUGCAUCCUGUUGAAUAAGUAGAAUCAGUUUAAGGAACAGAUGCUUUGGAAAAAUAUUAUACCAGCAGUCUGUAAAUAUACUAUCUAUUAUACUAAGAGUACAAAUGGACUCUUCAUUCUGAAGUGACAAGGCACCCAUCACUGUAACUAGCUACAGAGCUUUCAGCCAGACAUCAUCUUUCAUUUUAAGCAAAACCAAAGGAAUUUGUUGUUGCACAACAUAAAAAAAAAAUCAGGCCACCUUUUUACAUAAUUUUGGUGGUGUUUAUUGUCUUUCAUCUGAGGAACUCAAAGCACUUUACAAGCUUUAAUUUAAUUCUCACUUCCCUUGUGAGGUGGUAGUUACCUGGAUUUAAUAUACAAGGAAACUGACUUUUCAGUGGCUGUGCAGUGAGUCAUGGUAAGGGCCAUGAAUGGAACCCUUAUCUGGUGAUUUCUAGAUCUUUGUCCUUUGAUCACUAGACCUGUUUGUCAGGUGCGCUUCCUUUUAGGGGAGGGGAUAUAUAUUUAAUAUGCAUGAACUGCAAAUUACAAACAAAGUUCUACAGGUGAAAAAUGCAACCCUAAGUACUUUUUUUUUUUUUAAAUGUUCUAGUCUGUCUUGCCACUGAAUUGAGUCAUGAAGUGAAAAUACAGAUUCUAGAGAAAUAGAUACAUUUGCUACAUCCUGAAUUUUGGGAUAGAGUUAGUUACUGCAAUUCUGUUUUAUUUCUAUCAUAGUUGUAACUUUCUUCAGGAAUCUUGAUAUUGUUCUCUCUCUUCCCCACACCUCUUCUGAAAAGGUGAAGAGAAGCAGGGUGGAAAUGCAUUAGACUUUCUGAAAAGAGAACUUUUUUCAUGAUCUUGAGUCUGCAGCUACACUACUUAAUCCUGUCAAAUCCGACAAGCUAAACAGGGUUAGACAAGGUCAGUACUUAGAGGUUAGAGUGACACCUACUGGUAGGAAACCUUUAAGUCAGUACUGAAUUGAAUGCUUCCAGCAUUGUGUUAAUAUAGCCACUGUGUUCCUGGAAAUGCUGGUUUUUUGGGGGCUUGAGGUAAAACUUAAAUCUGACUCUUUGUAGUCAGUAAAGAUCCAUUAGCACUUCUUACAAGUGUAGGAAUAUUAACCCAUAUAUGCUGUCCAAAUUUCAAAUGGGGUAAUAUUCUUUUUACCUAAAUUACAUUGAUGGGUGCUUUUUAUAUUCAUAUAGUUACCUGGCAGUUUUAUUUAGGAAAACUUAUUCUCUGUGCUCUAUACUGUGGUGUGCUGUUUUAAACAGCUGCUAAUAUGGUGGUGGGCAAAGUGAUCCCUGAGCAUAGUUUCAGUUUGUAAACCAGAUAGAGAUCUUACAGGAUGAGAGGUAUUAGGCAAGUGAGAGACUACAUGAUGAUUAUAUUCCUUGUACCAAUUAAAGCAUUACCCUUAAAGAUGACUUGUACAUUUUAAUCCUCAAAAAAACAUUUGAACAUUAAAAUGUACAGCUGGGAGAAGUUUUGCCUCAAAUAUUUUUUUUGCUGAAAAAUGCAGAUUUGGAUCAGCUAAAACAACUGGUGAAUUUGGAUUGGUCAAUUGGAAAGGGGCACCCAUCAGAGAUGUUGAAACAGUUAACUUCAGCAUUUUUGAAAGUUAAAUGAUUCAACUUUUGUUUAAGAAAAAUAUUUUUGAAUUUCCCUCAAUUUUAUUUUUAAAAACCCUCAAUCUAAACUUAAAUGUUUUAGAUUGACACUCUACUUUUUUUUAUAUUAGUUUGCUGAUAAUUGCAAAACAUUUUUGUUUCAGGCUGACCUGAAACUUUUUUAUUUUAUUUUAUUUUUUGCACCUGCACCAAAUAUUACGUUCUUUUGUAGCCCUCAGAGUAUGUUCUACACACUGAUUAAUGAAAGUAUGUGGGUGUGGCUUUCAAAACAAUAAGUAGCUCACAAUUUCCCUCUUCCCUUCCCUUUUAGUGCAUGUACAUUAAGUAGAUUUACUGCAACUCCACUCUGAAAUAGCUGUCCCAUUGAGAGUGCUGGAACAUGAAGGCUGCUGUUGGGCCUAUGGAAAGUCUGUUUUCUAUAAUAUUGCAUGUUCUAGGCCUAAUGAAACUUUAGGAAAUGCUUAAUACAGUAUUAGAGAAGACAGACAGACUAAUGCCUGUUGACAGCCUGCACUGCAUAGCCUCACACUUUGUGCCAAAGUAUAUACAGAUGUGUUACACCAAGUGAAAAACGGUGAUAUUCAGAAAAUAUUCAGUUCAGUAAUUUGCAAAUUAGGAACAGAGGACCCAAUUUGUCAUCAGUAUUCCUCUACUUUAGUUGGUUACGUCUGUACUGCAGUAACUGAUUUAAUUUCUCUAUUUACUGCUGUUUAAUGGUAAUUACCUUAUAUUAACUUCCAUCUCAGCAGUAACAUUUUUUGUAUUUAAUGUAAAUCUCUAUCCUUCUCCUUUGGAUCAACUGACAGCUGACAUGCAGAGCUGAAUUCUCUGUGUAGGGGUCAUAACACUUCAUAUAUUGAAAAGAUUUCUUCCACCUGCAGUAUAAAGCAGCGAAGUCAAAUACGUUCCUUUGGGAAUGUCUUGUAUACAACAAUAGCUGGCUGACAAGAUCUCCCACUGGGAUUACACACUCUUGAAAGGGGCCAUUUUAACAUCUGCCAUAUACUUCCCAAUCUGUUUCACAUUCUUUUAUUCUAAAGUGAGGUUGAUAACUAUCAAAUUUCACCAGCACUAUGAGCAGCAGACUUUAUUACAUAUAAGCAGAUUGUAAGUUACUAGCUGGGUCAGUUGCAUAACCAUUUUAUAAACAGGUUUGGAAUUAAUCACAUGGUUUUUUGCUCUUCAGAUGCUCCUAUAGCUGUACCACUUUGGAACUUGGCCAAAAACAGGUUAGAAACAGUCAGGGCAAGCAACCGUUUCUUACCAGUCUUCAUUAUUGUUUCCUUUUAAAGACCUAGGAAUAUGUCCCUUGAGGCUCAAAAGUAAGUCUGACUAUAAACCUUGGGGGAGAAAGUUUAAGGUAGUUGUGUAUAUGUACCGGACUGACUAGUGUACAUUGUAAUAUGUGAAACUCUAUAAAUAAAGCUUUUUAAAAUAAUCAAUCUGCUAGUCCUUUACCUACCAUGUGGAUACCAUGUACUCUGACUGCAGGACCUCUUAGUGAAAUUGGAACCAUUUAUCAUGUUUCUUAAUUGCUAUUAGUUGUAAUAUAGUCAGUGCUGGACAGGCUGUUUUGUAUCCCUGUGGCUGGUGCUCAGAUAAUGGCACUGGGAAGCUUCUCCCACACAACCAGUGAAUGUGGAAGCCAGCCUGAUACUGGGAUAAAUACUCAGAGCCAACAUGCCCAGCCCUCUGUACUGAAUUACUCUGUCCCUCUUAAGUCUUGACACCAUCAACUCCCCGUGCUUCCUUCAGAAACUAGUUUCAGCUGAGGAGUGGCUAGUACUAUGGUGUUAAUCAAUGGUCAAAAUUAUUGGCUUUCAUAGCUCUCUUUAUCGCCCUUGUAAAUGACACAUCUGACCUGCCUUUAAAGAUCAAGACAAUUUAUAGCUUUUGUCCUUUGUUAGAGAAGUUAAGAUGCAUCAUAUAGCCCUCUGUAUGUGUCUGUGGAAACUACAGUGCAUGCAGCAGCUGAUGAAAGUUGAGUAAAUGAAGGCGACAAAUACUGCCAGCUACUAGAAAGAAAAAAACGUAUCUGGGCUCCAUCCUCAUAAGUGCUGAAUAAACAAAUGCCUCAUUGGAUUUUCCUCCAGUGUACAUCCUUUGUAUCUUAAACAAAAAAACCUGAAGCUCUGCUUGGAGAAGAUCUAAAUUAGAGUUGAUCUGACAUUUUUUCUUCUGCUGGCAACUUAGCAACGUUUAGUUUAAAAUUGAAUUGCUUAUCUUUUGUUGUAUGUACCCCAUCUCUGGUUAUGUCUUCAUGGCAACCUAGGUCAUCAGCACCCAGGCUAGCCACGUGUGAGUGGCCACACCCAAGUUACUGGGUCCACAUUAGUACUACACUCACCCAUGGAAUGUGCCAGAACUCCUGGGGAUAUAGCCCAUAGUUCUUAGUGCUGCAGUAAGCCAAGUCACUAUGAUUCCUUCCCAGUGAAUUGUGGGAAGGCAGUGCAGGGCUAUAAGCACUUGAGUGGUGUGGCCUGCAUACUCCCUGCAAAACUGGCAGGUUACUAACCAAUGUGUAAAUAGCACAAAGGCUUUAGCCUAUAUCCCAGGACUAGUCAGCUUGCUCUGAUGUAAAUCAACAUCAUGCUUGGCUGAGAGGGUUUUGUGGAGAGCAGCAAGGUUAAAGGCAACAGCCAAAUUAGAGCCCAAGUUAACUCUUGACUGAAGACCAAGCCUCUAAUCACUGCAGGCACCAUUCUUCCUCGUCAUGUAGCCUUGUAAUUGGGGGUUAUUUUUUCAACUCCUUGUGCUUUGUCCCCCACAGACUCCAACUCCUGCCUUCUCGUUAUCAAACUGACAUGAGUGCAUGUCUCUCGACACCACUGAACCUAGUUCAGGCCCUCCUCAUCGCCCAUCUGGACUAGUGCACCCUCAUCUCCAGCCUCACGAACCAGCAUUGCUUUCUACCUUCUCGCCCCAUCCACUGAAAAUAUGGCUUCUAGCAUUCUUUUUCUUGCUGGUGGCUCUGACCACAUAAUUCCUCUCCUUGAUUAUUUUAAAAACCUGCAUUGCCUGCCUCUGGUUUUGAGCCAGCUAGUUCAAAUUUCUUCAUCUCACCUUCAAAGCCUUUCCCAAUUGUCUGUUGUUUUUUACCAUGUUGUGUACUCCACCACUAAUGCCCAAUCAUUCCUCUUUUUGUCCGCUUCUCCCAUGCCAUCUCCAUGCAGCCUCUGAGUGUAGAAAUGAAUUACUUAUGAAUUAAUCUGUGAAAUUGCCAACCCGCCCCUUCAAAUUUCCACUCCAAAUCCUGGUUGGAAAAAAAAGUCAGACAACCAAUGAUACCAGCGUUUAGGGAUUUUUUUUAUUAUUAUUAUUAAAUUAAAGAUAGGUGAAAUCCUGGCCCCAGUAAAAUCAAUGCCCUCAUUCCCAUUGAGAUCAACAGGAUUUCACUGUUAGAACCAUCUGCCACCAUAAACACUUAACCUAUAUUACGUGGUUAUUUUAAUUUCUUUCUUCUUCCCAUCACACUCAUUGUGUUGUGUCUCAAAUUACAGAGUAGUCAUGCAAAAGUUCUAGGGUGACUAAAAUAGGAUUUCAUAAUAGUGGUCAUGUCCGUUUUCUGCAAAAAUGGAGAUAAUGGCUAGCUGAUGUAGGAGAAUAUGGGGGAAAAAAUCUCUCAUUCCAAUUGAUAUGCCUCUUGAAUUUCCUAAGCAUUAUGUUACAAAGUUAUGUGAGCAAGCCUCUCUUUAAUGCACUAAUGUGAAUCAACAACAUGCAACAGUUGCAGUUUAUUUUUUUUAAGUAUUUUUCAUCAGGCUAGUAUAAUGCUACAACACACACAUUUACAAUGAAAAUGACUAAACCAAAGUUCCAAGCACUGUAAGGCAUACAAGUGGGAACUGCUCUAUAAAGAUGGGUGUCUAAAACAGUCAUAUUUUACAUAUAAAAAUCAUUACAAUAAUUUCACACGCAACAUGAAGCUAGUGCUUCCAUUUUGCAUAUAUAACAUUCUUAAGUUUUGCAUCUAUUUCUAGAUAUGUCUAAUAGCGCAGACAAAGUAACACCAUAAUCUACACAAUUACAUUUUAAUGUGCAACAAUAUUGUGAGAAUCUCUGAAAACUACUAAUCUUUUGUAUUUUAAAGCAGAAUGUAUUUGCAUAACUUGUUCUCGUUGCCAUCUUGAUUGUGUGUGUAUAUUUCUUCAAGAAAACCCAUUCAAAAUUGCCUUUAACAUCAAACUUUACAGCCCAUGUUCAAAAUAUAAAAUAUGAAAUACACUUUUUCAAAGUACAAUUAAAAUCAGGACUUUCAUUUAUUAAAAAUGCAUAAAUAUUUUAAAAUAUAUAGGGCCAGAGUCUCAGCACAGUAUAAAUUGUCAUAGUUCCAUUUACUUGAAUAGAGCUACAAGGAUUUAUGCAAGCUGAGGAUCUGGUCAUUGAAUUUAAUGCUAAAAUAAGGCUUGCUAAGAGCAACUAACUUUUUUGUCCAAUUAUGGCAGCUCCCCUCUGAGGCUGGAGGCUAGCUGUUCUUUUUACACACAAGGCUUCUUAUCAGAAUGAAAACUUCCCUGCAAAAGUGGACUAAAUUACUAGAAUUUUAUUAAAAAUCAACACAUUUAGGAAUAGGUAUGGCAUCUGACUAUGCAAACGCUGCCUGUAAAACCUGUUCUUGAAACAUUAACAAGAACUACAACUAAAGCAAACUUGCACCUUUACCAUUUUAUGUUCAACUACUUCAAAAAGAUAAGGAGAGAGGACCAAUAAAUUAGAUUUUUAAAUGGUUCAAUUGUAAAUGCUGGCACACAAAAUAAAAGACAAAGUAAAGUAAUUUAGUAUAAACAAGAGACUCCAAAAUGUUAGUAUUUUACUGGCUUCUACUUCAAACAGAGUUUUAAUUUUUUUAAAUUGCAUAUUUCCAGACCUUCGUUACUAAGAUCUUAACUUAUUAAAAUGGAUAGAGGUUAAAAAAAAUCAUUUUAGACAACAUAUUUUGUUGCUUUUUUUCACUUCACUCAGUGAAAAUAAAUUACUUAUUUCUAGUCAGUUUCCCAUAUAGGUUUUUACAUCCUAGCAAUAUUCAACCGUGUUUGGUUGGCAAAUACAGCAAGAGAAAUUUACAUUCAGAUGAAAAUGUCUUCAUUUAAUUUAUUUUAAAACAAGACAUUUCUAUCAGUGUUAGGAUUUGAGAAAAUAUUUUUUGCAAUAUCUAAUUUCUGGGCCUAGUCUACUGAAAGUAUCUUUUUAACUUCAGUUUUGGGGUAAUAUUUUAAAAAGUAACUUAGGCCCUUAGGUGCUUAGGGUAAAAUUUUCAAAAGUCUCACUGAAAGUCAAUGGGACAUAGGCACUUUUGAAAAUUUUAGCUGUGGUCUUUAAAAAUUGACUCUUUUUGGAAUGAUUACAGAAAUAAUACAAUGUAAAGGCUAGAAAAACAACACUAUUUAUUACUUAGAUUGUAAGCCCCUUGGGUAGAGACUGUUUUUGUUCUAUGUUUAUAUAAUGCCCAGCACAGUUGGGUCCUGCUCCAAGACUUGGGCUCCUAGGUGCUAUGGUAAUACAAAUAAUAAAUAAAGUAAACUCUGAUGCCUAUCA